CACUUUACAUCAUUUAUACCUUUCUUUCUACUUCUUCUACCUUCUUCAUCCUCUCUCUCUCUCUCUCUCUCUCUCUCUCUCUUCACUAUUCCAUCAAGAACACACACUGCAAAUUAAUUGAACCACAUUAAUAUUCCAGAGUGCAUGGAUGUAUACGGUGGAUUAUCCGUAGAUGAUCUCUUGGACUUGCCAAGUGAUGACUUCUUCUCUUCUUCUUCUUCCUCCCCCACCGCCGUCUCGGACUUCCUCCUCCACCACCCCUCCUCCUCUUCAACCACCUGUUUUGAGCAGUCCUCUGUUCCGGGUUACUCCACUGACUUCAGCGACAUACUCUGUGUACCUACUGAUGACGCGGCGGAGCUAGAAUGGCUCUCCAACUAUAUGGACGACUCGUUCACCGAUUUCCCAGCGAGCGAACUCAACUCCGCCAUCAGCUUUCACCCGAAAAACUCUACCGGAUUUCAUGGCCGCGCGAGGAGCAAACGCUCCCGGCCGUCCACAUCAGCAACCACUGAAAGUCCGGCGCCCAAUGGCGGCAAGGUAGAGAACUUUGGUAAUGGUAGUGGUAGAGAGAACACGGAGGUGGCACGUAGGUGCACGCACUGCGCGUCGGAGAAGACACCUCAGUGGAGGACGGGGCCGUUGGGCCCCAAGACAUUGUGCAACGCCUGCGGCGUUAGGUACAAAUCGGGCCGCCUGGUGCCGGAAUACAGGCCCGCAGCGAGCCCGACGUUCGUGCUGACUCAGCACUCCAACUCUCAUCGGAAGGUUCUGGAACUGCGGCGGCAGAAGGAGCUACUCCUCCAACAACAACAACUGCAGCAGCAGCAAGAGGGGUAUGGACGUCAUUUCCGGGUAUGCUGACGCCAUCUCGGUGGACGUGCCCCCUUCGUAGUUCAUCUCCAAUCUCAAUAUUGAUGGUGGUGCUAUUUUUCAUGGAGGAUUAAGAGAAAUUGUGAAAAUCUGAGACUUUUUGCGGGUUAUUUUGUGAUUUUCUUUCCAUGAAUUUUACUUAAUACUAAAACAAAUCAAAUUCACACAUUUUCCUUUAAUUUUGUUAACAUUUUUGUUUCCAUGAACAUGAGUUGAGGGUCUAUUGACUUUUCUG